AUGGCAGUUAUUCAAAAACAUGGCAAGAUUUAUGGUCCAGAUUUGCUCUGUCACAAGGAGAACCAUUCGGUCGAAAAGAUCGGAGUCCCUGGAUGUCACAAGAAGUGGACAGAACACAACAAUAACUGGCCAAGGUCAGUUGCGAGAGUGUGGACAGUGGUGCUCCUGCUUGGUACGUGCCUCCUCUACUGUGCCCGGGUUGCAACGCCCAUCUGUGCAGUCAGCAUGGCGGAGAAGUUCAAAUGGAGCAAACGGGAGUCUGGCAUGGUCCUGGGCAGCUUCUUCUGGGGUUACUGCUUCACACAAGUUUUUGGAGGAUAUGUCAGUGACAGGGUGGGUGGAGAAAAAGUCCUCCUACUCUCUGUUGCUGCAUGGGGCUCCAUUACUGCCUUCACUCCCAUCUUGGCUCAUUUCUGCUCCCAGCCGAUCUUUUCCAUGACACUCUCACGCUUUCUCAUGGGCCUUUUACAAGGUGUUCAUUACCCUGCUUUGGCAAGCCUGUGCUCUCAAAAGGUGGUGGAGAGUGAGCGAGGCUUCCUUAUGAGCACUGUGAGCAGCGGCUCCUACCUGGGCACCCUUAUGAUUGGUGGGGCUGGUUCCCUCAUGCUGGAACUCUAUGGCUGGGAGAGCGUCUUCUAUGUUUCUGGUAUGCUGGCAGUAAUUUGGGCCUAUUGCAUGUGGAAAUACUUACUCAGAGGCGAAGGACCUAUUAUCACUCUGGAAUCCCUGGGUAGAGGUGGUCCACAGUCCAAACUGACCAAAAGGCAUUGGUUACGGCUCUUCAAACAACCUGCAGUCUGUGCUGUGAUCAUUACGCACCUUUGCGCAGUGAGCACCUUCUUCACAUUGUUGUCAUGGCUGCCAACCUUUUUUAAAGACAUGUUCCCUGAUGCCAAGGGUUGGGUGUUCAAUGUCAUUCCUUGGUUGGUGGCCAUCCCUUCGUCGGUCUUGAGUGGCUACCUCUCCGACCACCUCAUCAGUCAAGGCUUCGAAAUAGUCUCAGUGAGGAAGUUAAUGCAGUUUUUCUCCAUGGGGGUUUCCAGUGUGUUCACCCUGCUUCUGUGUGGAAACACCACAUUUUCCUGGGCUGUAGCAUACGUGUCUGCCACAAUGGGCCUCACCACCUUCUCUCACAGCGGUGUAUCAGUAAAUGUUCAAGAUCUUGCUCCAUCAUGUGCAGGGGCCUUAUUUGGUGUUAUGAACACAUGCGGCUCAUUCUCAGGGGUCCUUUUGGUGUAUUUCUCAGGGUAUCUCAUUGAGUCCACAGGCUCAUGGACAUCCAUGUUUGGCCUCAUCACUGGUGUAAACCUACUGGGGCUGUUCAUCUUUUUGGCCUUUGCUGAGGCCCGCCGUGUCGACAUCGAGCCCAACAAGAUACGCCAUCACAACAUACACAUCUGA